CUGGCGCGAGCCGGACGGCGAGACGCUCGUGUCCGGCACGCUGUGCGUCACGCCGCUGUACGACCGCGUCGAGCCCGACUCAGAGCCGGCGCCGGCGGCCGCCACCAGCCCGCUCUUCAGCCGGGAGCGCGCCCGGCUGGCGGCCGUGUCGGUGUUCUUCUCGGCCUCGCACGAGGGCCGCCUGUACCAGGUGACGCUGGGACCGCGGCCGUGCGCCGCGCUCGUCGGCACGCACACGUACACCUCGCCGCUGCAGCUGGCUGCCCGCCAGCCGCACAUGCUGCACGCGCUCACCCACACCGGGCUCGAGAGCUACACAGUGCGGGACACGCGCCGGCUGAGUCGGCUGCAGACGCCCGGCGAGCCGACGCCCGACGACACGGACGCCGGCUUCCUGCUGGGUCUGCAGCCAUUCGUGGGCGUCACGCACCUCUGCGUGGCCGGCCAGGUGCUGGCGUUGGCCGCCUCCGGGCCUGAGGACAGUGUGUCGGCCACGCUGUACCUGCUGCGCCUGCCGCCGCCGCUGGAGCUGUUCGCCGAGUGCUCGCGCAUCGGCACUUCCCACGGCCAGCACGCGCCGGCCAUGUGUCUCUCGCUGCUGGAGGAGGCGCACAUGGUGCUGCGGCCGUACGUGCGCUGGCAGUGCGGCCCGCCGCCCUCGGACGAACUGCGCCGCCAGCACGCCCGCUCCUGCGCUCAGAUCGGUCACUUCCUGCUACGGUCUCCGGCCGAAGAGGACUGGCCGCGCGCGCUGCCCUGGCUCCGGCUGGCCGGCGCCUCCGUUCAGGACGUGCUGGCCGAGUGUCCCGAGGCGCCCGGCCUGGACAGCUACCUGAGCGCGGCGCUGGCCGCGCCCGACCAGCAGCCGCUCGCCUACCAGCCUGCCAACCAGGCGCUGGGCGUGCUGUACGACCGGGCGGCCGAGGCGCUGGCCCGUUGCUCGAGCUGCUGA